AUGGCGUUCGAGGAGCUCUUGGAGCGAGCAGGGGGCGUAGGCCGCUUCCAGGUCCUGCAGGUCUUCACCCUGCUUCUCCCAGCUGUCUUGACACCUUGUCACCUGCUUCUGGAGAACUUCUCAGCCGCUAUCCCUGGCCACCGCUGCUGGGUCCACAUAUUGGACAAUGGCUCCCAGGUCCUCACAAAUCUUACCCAUGAAGCCUUCCUGGCCGUGUCCAUUCCUCCCGGCCCCAACCAGCAGCCCCACCACUGCCUCCGCUUCCAGGAACCACAAUGGCAGCUCCUGGACCCCAACGCCACAGCCGCCAACUGGAGCGAGGCUGCCACGGAGCCGUGCAUGGACGGCUGGGUCUAUGACCACAGCACAUUCACCUCCACAGUUGUGACCACGUGGGACCUGGUGUGCAGCUCCCAGAGACUGAAGCCCAUGGGACAGUCCAUCUUCAUGGCAGGGAUCCUAGCAGGAGCCUUCAUCUGGGGCCUCCUCUCCUACCGGAUCGGGCGGAAGCCAAUGCUGAGCUGGUGUUGCCUACAGAUGGCUGUGUCCAGCACAGGCGCCAUCUUUGCCCCGAAUUUCCUCAUCUACUGUGGUCUCCGGUUCCUGAGUGCGUUUGGGCUGGCCGGCAUCAUCAUGACUCAGGGGACACUGAUGGCCGAGUGGACCACAACCCACAGGAGGGCUGUUGCAUUAACAAUACUGGGCUGUACCUACAGCACGGGCCAGAUGGCCCUGGCCGGCCUGGCCUUCGCCCUGCGGGACUGGCGAGACCUCCAGCUGGUGGUGUCUGUGCCCCUCCUGGCUAUCUCCCUCAUAUCGUGGUGGCUGCCAGAGUCUGCGCGAUGGUUGAUUAUCACCGGCAAAGUGGACCAAGCACUUCGGGAACUCAAAAAGGUGGCCAAGAUAAAUGGCCAUAAGGAAGCCAAGAAGACACUGACCACAGAGGUGGUGAUGGCCAGCAUGGAGGAGGAGAUGGCCUCUGCAAAGGCCCAUGGCUCAGUGAAGGACCUGUUCUGUGUGCCUGAGCUCUGUGGCAGGACUUGUGCCAUGCUGGUGGUGAACUUCUCCGUGAUGUUCUCCUACUAUGGGCUAGUCCUGGACCUGCAGAGUCUGGGCAGGGACAUCUUCCUCCUGCAGGCCCUCUUCGGAGCUGUGGACUUCGUGGGCAGGGCCACCAACGUCGUCUUCCUCAGGUUCUGGGGACGUCGUUUGACUCUGGCGGGCUUCCAGGCCCUGGCCGGCUUCUGCAUCCUGGCCAACGUGCUCGUGCCCCAAGAUCUGCAGACCCUGCGUGUGGCGCUGGCCGUGCUGGGGAAAGGCUGUUUUGGAGUCAGCUUGACCUGCCUCACCGUGUACAGGGCGGAGCUCUUCCCGACUCCAUUGCGGAUGACAGCAGAUGGUUUCCUGCAGUCGGUAGGCCGCCUAGGGGCUCUUGUGGGCCCCCUGCUCAGGAUUACCCAGCAGUCUCUGCCCCUGCUGCCACCACUCUCCUAUGGUGCUGUCCCCAUUGCCGCCGGCCUGGUUCUCCUGCUCUUCCUCCCAGAAACUCAGGGACUUCCACUGCCUGACACUAUCCAGGAUCUGAAGAACCAGUGA